AGCGUCAUCCCAAAACAUAUGUCCAUGCCCUUUACGGUGGCUCAGAGCUAUUAAUGUAUAACGUCGAUAAAGUCAUUGUCAAUAUGGAUUUGGAGAAAAGCACAUAUUCAUGGCUUGACAAAAAAUCUAUACUUGUUGACCUUCAAUUAACCGAUGAUCAAUUUUUGGAUGUUUGCAUUCUCGCCGGUUUCGAAUAUUGUGGCACUUUUCCGCCACUAAACUCUGAAUUCAGUGGAUUCAGCUUUAAAGGUGUUCAUGAUCUAAUUAAACAGUAUCGAAACGGUUUCAACGCCGUUCAAGGUUAUGCGGAUCAUGCGGGCGUCCAAAAGACGAACUACAUAGAAACGUUCUGUCGUACCAGGUGUGCUAUCAAGUUCCACAUGGUAUUGACGGAUGAAGGAAGAGUAGAACCAUUAAACGCGGAGACAUCACCAAGCGAUAUUCAUGAUGUAAUUGGCUAUCGUUUACCAGACGAGGUAUAUUUUUAUUUAUCCAGAGGGUUGAUGUCUCCACAGGUUAUUAAUACUUUGAUAUCAGGUGUUCUUAUUGAAAAUCCGCCCCUAUGCAAUGGCGAAACACAAGAAUAUAGACAAUUUCUGAAACAAAUACUUGAUCUUCGAACACAAGCAAUGGGCUUACUUACUCAGCCUUUGCACCAAUUCUACCAAUCUAGACGUGUUGUGAGUGUUUAUUGGUUUGAGUCCGGUAAUGAACAUCCAUUAAAUCAUAAUAUUGCACCAAGCGUUCAUGAGAAUUUAAAUACUUGGAACGUUUUGGAAAGGGGGUUAGAAGAAGAAAAGAAAGCACAAAAGACUUCUGUUAUUGAUAUUGCUUUUUGCUUGAGAGCAACAGCAACUGAAGAGCAAGCUGCAAAGACCAUUAUGCCUAAAAACAAUGAUAAAACUAUUGAUUCUAAAGAUGAAAUCAUAAGUAAUGUACUGUGGAAACUUUUGGAAUUACGGCAGUUUUUAACACAUGCCCAACAUACCCAUACCGUAUGGGGUGCCGCUUUCAAAAAGGCUCUUAACCCUAAGUCAACUGAAUCUCAUCACGAGCAAUUAUUUAGUGCAUUAGAAUUGAUUAGAUUCGGCUAUCUUCAUGGUAAUCAUUACAGUAGAGAAUACUAUAAAGCACCUAGUUGCGUGAAUGAUGAAGAAAAAAGACAUAUUCUCCUAAUUUCAAGGACCCUUAGUUUAGUUCCAGCAAAAUUUAAAGCUACAUCAUGGGUUGGACCUUUAUGUAGAGAGAUGUUGGUUUUUAACAGCUUUGUUAAAGCAUUAAAUCGAUCAUUACGCAAUCUAUGUGAAAUGUUAACUUUAUCGAUGUUUUUGAAUGGUGACUGUGAAAAGGAUCGUCAAGAUUAUCUUGAUAUCGCAUUAAGUCUUCCAUUUUUAUAUGACGCGAAUUGUGGAUUGGGUAUUAUCGUCAAAACAUAUCUUGAAAGUACUAUUACUUUGUCAAAGGAAUCAAAGGAAAAUGACAGAAAUAUCAAGUCAGAUGCACUUAAGAAACUUGAGGAAACCUUCACUGCGUAUAUAAAUGUUAAGGAUGAUCUAGAAAAUGGAUUGAUGUUCUGGGAUGAGGUUUUGAUUGCUGUAAAGUCGCUUAAGGGAGUAAUAUCCUCUGAUAUUUCAAAUCAAUUCUUAAAUGCAAAUACUUGGUUAGCUUCUCGAC